CUUUUCCGCCCAACUUAUUCUCACUCUCUUGCAACCCCUGCAUAUUCAGGUAGUGCCCUCCGGCGCCGAAGCUGUGGUUGCUCUUGUCCGCACAGCUAGAUUCCAUUCGUUUCUCUCCCAUCAAGGCUUUGUUUGAUCUGGAAAACACAAAUCAAGAGAUUAAGAGCGACUUGAAAGACCUCUAUAUCAACUCUGCCUUGCAGAUUGAUGUAUCUGGAAGCAAGAAGGCUGUUGUGAUCCAUGUACCUUAUAGGUUGAGGAAGGCUUUCCGCAAAAUUCAUCCUAGAUUGGUGAGAGAGCUUGAGAAGAAGUUCAGUGGAAAGGAAGUUGUUCUUAUUGCUACCCGGAGGAUAGUACGGCCACCAAAGAAGGGUUCUGCUGUCCAAAGGCCUCGAACCCGUACUCUCACUGCUGUGCAUGAGGCCAUGCUUGAGGAUAUAGUUUAUCCUGCCGAGAUUGUUGGAAAACGUGUCAGAUACAGACUUGAUGGAUCAAAGAUUAUGAAGGUUUUCUUGGAUCCCAAGGCAAAGAAUGAUACCGAGAAUAAGUUGGAGACAUUUGCCGGAGUCUACAGGAAGCUUUCAGGAAAAGAUGUAGUCUUUGAAUUCCCAAUAACAGAGUCCUAAAAGUCUACUAUUCUAGCAUGGCUCCCGUCUCUUAUUUAAUUAAAAGAUAUACAUUCUAGUAUGGGCUAUUUGAAGUUUUGACGAAGAGAAUUCGGAUGCUUAGGCGACUCCCGCUCCUUUUUGCAGAAAUUGUUAAAAACUUUGUUUUAGUUAUAAUGUUGUUCAUUUUACUUUGGUGAAGUUUCAGUUAUUUGCAUUUGGUCUUUGCUACUUCUCUGAAUUGUUUCCAGUGGAUUAUGGUUAGAUAAGAAUUCAUGUGUUUUUCCUCUUCUUGGUAGGGCUUUCUUUCGUUUUUUCUUUUUCAAGAUUAUGCACUCAUCUCCAUAUAAU